GCAGGGUUAAGAUCCUGUGGCCGGCCCUGUGCAGUCAGUCAGUGGACUGUCACAAACUUAAACACAGUCAGACCUGAAGGACUUUAAAGCAGCUUUUCUCCUCGCUCUGGAUUUACAAGCUGACCCCUGUUACUUGUCAAUAAAUCAUCUGAGUGCAAGCCAUGUAGUGAGCCCUGUGGUUCUCCGGGAGCUCAACUUGGUGUCCAACCACCUAGCGGGACAGGGUCUUCCUCCUCACUUUCCCCUGCCUCUAUUCCUGAGGAUGUCUUCUUUGGGAGCAGCAAUAAAGAUCAGGAUGCAUGCUCAGUGGUCAGUGACUAUGACUGCCCCUUUGCGGAGGUGAGCAACAGUGUGGAGGACUUGCAAGCCUACAGCUCUUCAUUCAAAGACUCUGAGUACUUUAGAGACCUGGAAGGGGGGAUACCUGCUCCACAGUCUACUGCAUCCACAAUAAGCACAGUCCCACAGAGCAAACCUCUUACUGUUGGCCUACAGGAGACUCUGAACACAGACAGUGCCAUUAAUCAAACUGUACAGACUUCUAUGACCACAAACACCCCUCAGGGCCAAGAACCAUCUCCCUGUUCCUAUUUCCACCCUAAAGAAGAACCUCAUCACAACUUCGUGGUCACUCAGCUGAGUCCUAAGUUGCUGGCAGAUUGCAUUAUUGACAGCGGGAACUCCUUAGGACCAGAGGCAGGGCUUCGCUUCAUGAUUAAUCUGAAUGGACUCUUGGGAUCAAUGGAAACAGAAAACGGAAUUAAGAAAUCAGAGGAAAUUAAGAACGAGUCUACGAUGGAGGCAGAUGGAGAGCCAGACCUGGACAGCUUUCCUAUCCUGGUUAGAUCCAUGUCAACGUCCCGGAGGCACAGCUGGGGUGUCCCUGUGUCUCCAAUUAACCUGGGAAGAAGACUGAGCCUGGACACCAUGAACAUGGACAGUGAUGGAGAGAGAGAAGAUGAUGAAGAGAGAGAGAAAAGUCUUUUCCAGGCCAGCCAGCAGGAGAUCUUAAGCUGCACAGACUGUCCUGCAGAUGAGAUGGAUGGACCCAGGCAGAGGGUUCCCUGUCCAGAAACCAGGGCCAGAGGAUUGCCUGGAAGACAUCUGUACUCUCGAUCCGAUAUCCUUGCCACGGACGAAUGUUCCCGGGCUGCACACAUUUCUCGUGUUGUGCAGACCUCCAAACAGGCAGCCAGGGCAGCAGGAGCAGAGGAGUUUGACCCUGAGGAAAACCUACAUUCUACUGAAGGACAGAGCCAUAUGGCGAAGCAGAGGAACAACAAAUCAGAAACCAAAGUUUCAGGAAAUGUCACCUGGUACGAGUUCCUCUCUAAUGAGAAUGAGGAAGAGGAGGAUCGCACAGAGAAGGUAGAGAGAGGCACCAAGGUAAAGAGGACACUUAGCUCUCUGAGGAACAGGAUGACAGGCUCCUUCAAUAAAGAUAAGGGUAAGAAUCGAGAAAAAGAGCCGCCAAAGGAAAGAGGGAAGGAGAAGGAAGCCAAAGAGAAAGUGUACAGCAGGAGCAGCCAUUAUUUGGUGCCGGGUGCUUUCUCUAGCUGUGCCACCUGCUCGCUGUGCAGCAAGACCCUGCAGAAAAAGCAUGGCCUGCAGUGCAUGAAUUGUGCUGUGAACGUUCACAAGAGCUGCAAGUCUCUGCUGGGUGAGUGCACCAGCAGCAGGAAUAAGAGAGACUCUCUGCCAAGGGCUGGUUAUUCGGGAUCUUCAUUCCUUGCACUGAAAGACCGGGACAGAGAGCGGGAACUGUGGGGCCCAGCCUCAUCACAGGCCCUGAAUGGGUAUACAGGAUUUCUCAGCACCCCAGGCAUGACCAAUAGUCAGUGGGGACCAAGCACUCAGCUGACCGCCGCCCAUACCACCAGCUCCACUGCAGCCCCUUCCUUCAGCCUUGGCCACAGCCUCCAUCACCACAGCAGCUCAGGAUCCCUUCCCGGGGAGAUGGAUGAGACAGAUGCUCUCCGCUCCAAACGCUGCAAUGAAGACGCCAUUUCCCUCGCUCCCUCCACCACAGAAUCGAUCAUUGUCGAAGAUGCUCACUACGCAGCAGUGCGGAGUGAUCUGGAGUCUGAUGCUCAGGACCUCGAGGCAGAGUCAUGGAGUUUGGCAGUCGACCAGCAGUACAUGAAGACGCACUGUAAAGAAAUGGUGAAGAGACAGGAUGUGAUAUACGAACUUAUGCAGACAGAGAUGAACCAUGUGCGGACCCUGAAGAUAAUGCUGCGUGUGUACGUCCGGGAGUUGAAGGAAAACCUCCAGAUGGACUCGGGUAGGCUGGAGUGUCUGUUCCCCCGCUUGGAAAACCUCCUUGAGCUUCACACACAAUUCCUGUCUCGACUCAAAGAGCGGCAGCGAGAAAACCUUGUCUCACCAAAUGAGAGAAACUACACUAUCAACAGAGUGGCAGACAUUCUGAUCACACAGUUCUCAGGUGAAAUUGGAGAAAGGAUGAAGGACAGCUAUGGGGAUUUCUGCAGUCACCACACUGAGGCUGUCAGCUACUACAAAGAACAGCUGCAAAACAACAAAAAGUUCCAAAACAUCAUACGGAAAAUUAACAACCUGGCCAUCGUACGAAGAUUAGGAGUGACUGAGUGUAUCCUGUUGGUGACUCAACGCAUUACCAAGUACCCAGUGCUAGUGGAGCGCAUUCUGCACAACACUGAAGCUGGGACAGAGGAGCACGAAGAUCUGAUUCGGGGGCUGAGUCUGAUCAAGGGCACGAUCGUUCAGGUUGACGCCCUGGUUAAUCUUCAUGAGAAGAACUCUCGACUUAAAGACGUACACAACAAGAUGGAGCCAAAAGCACAGGGAAAAAUCAAAGAUGGGCGAGUGUUUCGCAGGGAGGACCUGGCACAGGGCAGGAGACGGCUACUACAUGAGGGCACAGUCAACUGGAAAGCUGCUUCAGGCAGGCUCAAAGAUAUUCUCGCAGUGCUCCUCUCAGAUGUGUUGCUCUUGCUACAAGAAAAGGAUCAGCGAUACGUGUUUGCUACAGUCGACAACAAGCCGUCAGUGAUUUCUCUUCAGAAGCUGAUUGUCAGGGAAGUGGCCCAUGAGGAGAAAGCCAUGUUUCUUAUUUGUGCCUCUGCCAAUGAGCCAGAGAUGUACGAGAUCCACACCAACUCCAAGGAGGAGCGGAACAGUUGGAUGACACAAAUACGGCAAGCUGUGGAGAGUUGCCCUCACACAGAAGAGAGGCUGUUCAGUGAGCAGGAAGAAGCACGCGCUUUCAGGUUCAAAGAAUUACAAGAACGACUGGGCCAAAAAGAUUCAGUGAUCGUCCAGGCUCUCACGGAGAAGCUGCAGCUGUUUGCGGAUAUGGCCGAGUCUGUGGCAGGUUUAGAAGACACAGCUUCACGUUCCAGACUUCUGCUUAGAGGAGACGCCUCAGACCUCCAGCAGGGGGAGACCCUGCUCAAAGGAGCUAUCACUGAGGUGGAGAACCUCCAGAACCUGCUGCAAUCUGGAGUGAGAGAGGAAUCUCCGAUCCCUAGUGUGGAGGAAGGGAGCGGCUCUGGGGUUCUGCCGAGGCGAGCGGAUACAUUCGGGGGCUAUGACAGCAGCCCAACCAUCCUUAGUAAGAAUGGCAGCGUGAAGAAGAACUUUUCUGGCGAGUCCAGAAACAGAGACAGAAGAGCCAGCUCUGACCCUCAGCUCAAAGACCUGUGUGGCAGCCACACCCUGGAGCAGACGGUUGAUGAAAGCUGCUGCUCUCCUGCCAGAUGGAACCGCAUUUGGUCCAACCCCUUCCCUGAGGCUGAGUUCUUUGACAGAGUGCUGAUGCUCUCCCAAAGGCUCUAUAGUCUACAGGCCAUCAUAUCACAGCAGGACAGUCACAUUGAGCUACAGCGGGCCUCUCUGACGGAGCGUGCCUCACUACCUGGCCGCCACAGAGGGAAUGUGCUCCUGGAGCAGGAGAAACAGAGGACUCUGGCCUUGCAGAGAGAGGAGCUGGCCAGCUUUCACAAGCUGCAGUCUCAGCACCGGCAGGAGCAGCAGCGCUGGGAGAGAGAGAGGGAGAGGCACCGGCAGCAAGUGGAGGCCACCGAGGCCAAACUCCAACAGAGGGAGGAGGAGUGCAGGAAGCUUGAGGAUCAUCUGGCAGAUGAGAGAAGGGAACUGGAGAUUCAGAGGGAGAAGUACCAGAAGGAUUUGGAGAGGCUGAGAGAGUCUACCAGAGCUGUGGAAAAGGAGAAGGAGCGCCUGGAACACCAGAAGAAGAUCAAGAGGAAGACAAUUGAGGUUGCUCCUCUGUCUGGCAGUCUAAACGGCGAGCUCCUCAUGUCCCCCAGCGUCUCAGACCUGCCCCUGCCUCAGAAGCCCCUUGUGCGUGCCAGCCUGUCCGUGGCACCGGCCGACUACCCAGAGCGCCCAGAGGUGAUGCUGCGCAGGGAGCCAAGCUCUUCCACCCUGCCGCUGAAAACUGAGGUGCCGCUCCACCUCUUCAGCACCACCAACCAGCUGCACAAGGCGCUGGGGGUGCAGCAGCAGAUCCCCACCAAGCUGGCUGCCCUCAGCAGUGGCAAAGGGAAAGGCGGAAAGAUUGGCAAAGCCUCCCAUCGCACUGACAGCACUGCCUCAGUGGAUAUGAAGCAAAUGCUGCCUCUAAAGCUGUCCGCCAGAGACGACAACGCCCUGAAGGCCAAACGCUCCAUCAGCCCCCACCAGCAGCUCCCUCUGUCAGGCCCCCCUGCACCUCACUCCCUGCAUCACCUUGCAGAUCAGCUCGGUCCUCCAGAGAACAUCGUACCAGACACCCAGUCCACCUCCUCCAUCAGCAGCUCCCACCCCCCAAGUGUUCAGAAGCCCCCCAUGCCUCCUGCACAGCCCCACCCUCUGCCCACCGUGCAGCCUCCCAGCAUCCCUCCUCCCCACUCCCAGAGCACUGGGUCCCUCCAGUUCCAGCCCCAUCUGCAACCGCAGGGCCUCAGUCCAAACACCCAGGCCCACGUCCAGGGGAAUGUUCACGGGCUCACACACAGCCACAGCAUGCCGCCACCCUACAAGAUCAACACAGAAGACCUCAACAAGGAGGACGUCAUCUUCUUCUAAACUCCAGUCUGCAAAUGAAGAAGAGGAUGGUUUCUGGUCCAGGAUGUGCCUGAUUUUCAAAGAGCCUCUAACCAGUAAUCAUGUUGAAAGCUUGUUAAUCUUGUGCAGUGCAGUUAAGGCUUGAUAAGAUUUUAAGUAUUGGUACAUAGUUGCAGCAAUCUAUGGAAAAGCAUGGAGCCUUUUUCAGCACUACCCUUUAAGAAAGGAACAUUUUCAUCAAGAAAGAUGACCUUUCUGUUUUAAACCUGCAUCCCCCCUUUUUGUUUUUUAAGUUGCCUCAGCCUCCUUUUGUUUAACUUAUCACAAGUGAAGGAAACCCUUGGCAAAACAAGGAUGUCUUGAAGGAGUGUGAAAAGAUUUAAACAAAGUAACAUCAACCCAAAGACAUUAGCUGUGAUAGCUGAAGGGGAUUUGAGUGAAAGGAUCAAUGUGAAGGAGAGACGAUGAAUGAUGUUCAGGUCUGGACAUUAAGAGAAGCAUGAAAGCAUGAAGGUGCAACCCAGCCUUCAACAUCGUCUUCCUCUUGACCUGCAAUCACAAGACAUGGUUUGACAGCAAGUCAGAAAAAAUCAAAAUCUUAAAAUAUGGACACUCUGCGCGGUGUUUCAUUUGCACAGUGUAAAUACUUGAUUCCAAAUGAAUGACUGAACUUUUAUGGACCACGUGUGCGGUUUGAUUGUUCAGUUGUAAAAAUAGUGAAGGUUAAUUUCAUUUGAUACUUGUUCUUAAUCAAACUUAUUACAGAUGCCUGAUUGUGAAACAUGACUCGGUGAGCACAUCAGAAACAUCUUUAUGUAAUCCAGGCUGUAACAACGCUGAACCACAACUAAGGGAGCUGUUUUAUAUGUACACAACCCCUUUACUGUAUCUUUAAGAGACAUCUUUAGAAUACAAAUCUGAUGCUGUCUUAGGUCAACCGUUGUACUGUUCAAGAUGUGUCAUUUCAUGCUGUAUCAUAGAUUUAACAUGUCACUGCUUCAGCAGAGGAGAGGAAAUUUGGCCUGAGGUACCAAAAUUGACUGUCAUAACAAGCGUGCACAAGACAGACCAGUUCAAGAUAAUAGCCUCCAUCGAUAUCUCCUAAGAGGUCGCCAUCUAAGAUGAUAAAGAUGAUGACAUCAAGCCAAAUUGUGAAAGAUAGAGACUGAUGUUUAAACUGAUUCACCAGUUUUGAUUAGCAUGCAUGUUUGACUCUGGUCAUUCUUCUCACUCAAUGAAGCAUGUUGAGCUGUUGGAAGCUUGUGUCUUUACUGGUUUUAAAUUCAUCAGGACUGGUUCAUCUUAGUUAAGCCGGUAUAUCAAUGAUAUAUUUAUGAAAUGUCAGUUUUAAUUGACUAUUUGGUCUAUUUAAUGCUGAUCAAUUAGCCUGCUCCUAUACUUUCUAACAGAAAAACGGUCCUCUGACAGGUGCAGCAAUAUCAACAAUCAGCUGUUGUUGUUCAUUCUAUUCUCUUUCUUUCUCCACUGAAGAAAUACAGAGAUGCCUCUCUUAUAUUCCCCAACUUGUUUAUACUUAAGGACCCCUCAAAAUCACGAAGGACAUGGUACUUUUAUUCAUUUUUAGACUCGAGAGGGAAAAAUGUCAGAAGAGCUUUCUUUCUUUGACCAAAUAAGCUGGUCCCUGAAGCUCGGAUCACUCACUGGAGUGUAACAGGUUUUCUGAGUGUUGAUGUAAAUUAUGUAUAUUGUUGUACAUACUGUAUGUGACAUCUUGUACACCUGCUGUCCUCAUACGCAUACCUGUAUUAGGAACAGAAAUAGUUGACAUCAAUCAAGAUGCAAAAGUCAGCCAAAAGUCAUUUUGUGCAUAUGUGUAAAUACAUUUAAAACACACACAUUGCUGUGUGUAUGUGAUCCGGUACACCUCACUUGGAUAAACCAGUAGCAGUUUAAUGAAUCCACAAUCAGUCAUUCUUUUGUUUGACCUGAAAACAAAGGUGUGCAUAUUUAAUCUCUUGACAUGUGUUGAUGUAGCAUUGAAGUCGAGGUGCACUGUAUGUCUGUAUUUCUCCUGCGGCUCAUGAUUGAUGUUUCACCAAGAUUAUGUAGCAGUCAUGAAAACUAAAUCAUCUGCUUGUUUUAGUUGGUUAAACCAAAGACACAUGGCUGAAUGGGCUCCUGUCUGUACUCUCAUAUGAAGGAUAAUUGACACUGUGCUGAUUGUGUGGUCAUCCACGAAAUUUAAUAAUCUUUAAACAUCCUCCAGUGUCCAAAGCAAGUGAUUUUUGUUUUUUACAGCACACUGUCGUGCAAAUCAUAUCUCGAGGAGGGUUGAACUUUUGGGUUUGACAUUUCAUUCUCUGAUAUAAAAGCUCUCUUUAUACAGAGUUCUAAUUUGGAUCACGUAUCUCUUAAACACAGAGGGAUCUAAACAAAAAACUGGUGCAAGAGCACUUCAGUUCCAUUCCAUGACUUUUCAUAAAAAUCAAUGCCACUGUUUGUAUCCUCUCAAGUCUUAUAAUGUUGUUUUAUUGUGCUGAAACGUGUUUGCUGUUUGAAAACUUGGGAGCCAGUCAGUUGCAUCACCGUGUGUUUGUUUGUAUCUGUGUGUGCGCUUGUGCGUGUGUGUGCUCGCCAUGAAAGAAGAAACGCAGUGGAAACAUUCCAGAGCAGCUUGUUUCCAUUAGCGUUCUUUAAUACUGACCUGCAUACUCACAUGUUGGACCUGUAAUUUGUAUAUAAUCAUGGACUUCUCUUAAUUCCUCGGCCAAUUUUACACUAGUCACUUUGGAUAGUAUCAUACUUGAAGGGGAAAAAUGAAUGUUUAUAAUGCUUAUUAUUAUUGUCUGUGAAUUUUUAUUUACCAAGAGCUGUCUAAUGACAUUUGUAGCACACAGCAAAACUGAUUUUUGUACCGUUUUAUUUUAUUCACUGUGAGAUGUUAGAACGACCUGUGGACACAAACUGCUGCCUUAGAGAGAGUUUAGUAAUAAAAAGUCUUAUAAUUAUU